GCGACGACAAAUAAACGUUUUCUUCGAGAGUACUGACCAUUCACCUAAGUGUCAUGUUUCGCUACCAGUUCAGGUGCUCAGAGCACGAAGUCUACCACGAACAGUACAUUGCCAUCACUAUUUAUUAGUCCAUCUGGAGACAUCGCAUUUGCCCUCAACGUGCCGCACGACUCAACGACGGAUCUAUUUUUUUCUCUGAUGAUACCAAAGUCAGUAACAUGGGGUGCUAUCGGCCUGGGGUCCUCCAAGAUGGCGGGGUCCCUUAUCUUGAUGGCAUACUCAUCCUCGUCCGGCAAAAACGUUACGCUCUCGCCUCGACUGGCGUCCGGACAUUCAGAGCCAGUGUACAGUCCCGACAUCAAGAUCGAGGCUCUGGAAGGAACUGGUCUCAUCGACGACACGAGAUAUGUCUUCAACGGGCGCUGCUCGAACUGCCGAUCCUGGAACGGCGGCAGUGUCGACGUGGUCAGCAAGUCGCAGAGCUUCUUGUAUGCAACGGGACCUGAUGGCGACAUCGAUUCGGACGCACUGGAUGCGCCGCUCAAGAUGCAUCUGACAUAUGGCAAUUUCAAAUUGGACAUGGUCCAUGCCACGACGUCCACUGAUGCGGCGCCGAUCAUCCCCAUCACGAACACCACUGAUCUGGUUGCGACUGUACAGGGACUGUCAAAAACGGGUGUGCGAGAUAUCGCAGCACAAGCACAUGCCGUUAUUAUGAUUUUCUGUUUUGUCGGGCUUUUCCCUUUCGGCAUUCUGGUGGUGCGGCUUGGCAAUUGGGUAAGAUGGCAUGCCGUCAAUCAAGGCCUGGCAGCAAUCGGCGUUAUAAUUGGAUUCGGGCUCGGGGUUCAUAUUAGCUCUUUUUACAACAGGUCUAAAGGCUUUGGCGACGCUCACCAGGUUAUCGGCAUUCUGCUCUUUAUCCUUGUCCUCGGCCAAUUCGUCCUGGGUUUCAUGCAUCACCGAAUUUACAAGAAGACGCAACAGCCGACAAAACUCGCGCCGGUGCAUGUGUGGAUGGGCAGGGUAAUCAUACCCGUCGGAGUAAUCAACGCAUUUCUUGGUUUCCGCUUCGCUCAGAGCCCACAGUACAACUACAUUCUGGCUGGACUAGUGAUCUUCUUUUUCCCCGUGUUUGCCUUAAUACUUAUCACGAAGAAGUUUAUUCAGAAGCGCAGGAACAAGAACAAGGCUGCAUCUGGUGAGGAAGGUGGUGGUUACAACCUGGAGCCAUGGCGCGCGCCUGAAGGACAAGCAGGCUUUGGACAGAACGCAACUAUCACGGCCGCACCGAAUGAGCAUGCCGUGCCGAUGCCCGCGCAGCCAGACAUGGCAACGUUUGCGAAUUACCAGAACAAUGGGAAUAAACGUGAUAUAGGACCACAGCAGUCGGUCCGGGAAUAUGUAUGAGAGGAAUCGAGAUGGUUUCCGCUUCAUUGAGGUCGUGUAUAAUGGGAUGUAUAGGGUAGACAUCAUUGUGCCUACAGUUCACACGAAUUGAAUCAUGAUACACCC